AUGCAGUUCAUCAUGAAGCUUUGUCAUGUCCUCGCUGCCACCCUCCUGGCUUCAGUUACAGGAGCGGUGCCGACGGCUGCUACCAACCCGUUGGAUAUCAUUCGCGCCCUCAAGAUUGACGACGACGGUUUCGUGCAUACAGGUGACGAUGGCGUCACCCGCUCUUACAAUGCCAACAACGAAGUAAUCGACUAUCACCAAACCAACCCCCAGUAG